AUGCUUGUCGGCGUCUAUGUGGAUGAUUUGAUCAUCACGGGCACGUCGGACAAGGAGGUGCGUCGCUUCAAGGCGGAGAUGAAGACUCAGUUCAAGAUAAGCGAUCUUGGGCUCCUCUGCUUCUACCUUGGCAUCGAGGUACAGCAAAACGCCAACGGCAUCACGGCAAGUCAGGGGAGCUACGCCAAGAAGGUCUUGGAGGUGGCAGGGAUGGCAAAUUGCAAUCCUGCGCACACUCCAAUGGAAGAGAGGCUCAAAUUGAGGUGGAUGAGUGAGGCGGCGGAGGUCGAUGCCACACUAUACCGGCGGAUCGUCGGUUGCCUUCGCUACCUCUGCCGUACCCGGCCGGACAUUGCGUUCGCGGUUGGGUAUGUGAGCAGAUUCCUGCAGCGUCCUAUGGAGGAGCACAUGAUCACCGUCAAGCGCAUCCUCUGCUACAUCGUUGGGACUCUGCACUACGGCUGCUUCUACGCCCGCAGCAAGACGACGCCUCGGCUGCACAGCUUCAGCAACUCCAAUCUCGUCGGCGACGUCGACACCAGCAAGAGCACGUCGGGAGGCAUUUUCUUCCUGGAGGGAGGACCGGUGAUAUUCCUUGAAGCAGCGCGUGGUUGCUCUGUCCUCCUGUGA